AUGCGUUACGAGGAUGUUUUUUUGCUGGAAGCUUUGAUGCUAAAGAUGAAAAGUAAUGCCACCUUCAAGCAUUUCAGGAACAAUAAGAUCCUCCCACUGCCUUCACCUUCUACGAUUGGAAAUCUCACCAGUUCAUCAAACUGUCAUUUCGGAUUCAACGAAUUUGCACUUGAAAAUAUCGAGAAUGCUCUGAAAGAGUUUGGAAAAGAUGAUCCAACAAGAUAUGGUUGCCUAAUGUGGGAUGCGGUACAUCUAGUGAAAAGCGUUAAAUUAAACGCCCGUCAACGCAUUUGGGAUGGUAUUAUGAACUAUGAUUCAGAUUUUUCGGAUUUGGAAGCAAAUUCCCUCGCAAUCCACGCACUCGUCCUUGUUGUUGGAGCUGCACCUGCUUGUAUGAUUAAUCGAAUUGUGUUGAAAGCAAUAACGUCCUUUUACAGAAGAGGACCAAUCGUAAAAAAUGUAGCAUGUGAUGGACAUCAGACUAACAAAGAAGCCAUGAAAAAACUUCAAGUUACUGCUAAAGACCAGAGUAAAGUGAAGCCAUAUUUCCUACAUCCGAUGGAUCCUGAGAUCAAGAUUUGGGGCUUUUUCGACGUCCCACACUUAUUAAAGUUCGUUCGCAAUAACCUAUUAACCCACAACCGUUGUCAGUAUGUGUCCGAGAUAAUAGACUACAAGCACUAUGAAAAACUCUACGAAACGGAGAAGAACAACGGACUGCGGAUGUGCUUCUAA